AUGGGUGCCCAUGAACUUCAGCCGGUCACCACAAUCCCCUCGGUUCAUUCCGAGUCCACUCUCGCCAUGCCCACUGAUAUAAAUGAAAAGAAUAAGGAGUCAGCCUCAGCACACGGUCAGCUCGACCCCGGUCCACCACAACUGGCCGACAAGGAGGUCGUCACCCUCCCCUUCAAGGAGCUCAUCGUCGUCUUCGUCGGUCUCAUGCUCGGAGUCUUCCUCUCUUCCCUCGACCAAACCAUCGUCUCUGUCUGCACACCCAAGAUCGCCAACGAGUUCAAGGCUUUGAACGAGGUUCCAUGGGUCGGAACUUCCUACCUCCUCACCUCCACCGCCUUCCAGCCUCUCUACGGACGCUUCUCUGAUAUCUUUGGUCGCAAGGCUACUUUCCUUUUUGCCAUUGUUGUCUUCUUGAUCGGUUCGGCUCUUUGUGGUGCCUCCCAAAACAUGACAAUGAUGAUCGUCUCUCGCGGCAUCGCUGGUGUUGGUGCUGGUGGUAUCAUGUCCAUGGUCAUGAUCAUUAUCACUGACUUGGUCUCCCUUCGCGACCGUGGCAAGUACCAGGGUAUCAUCGGAGCCUGCUUUGGUAUCUCUUCCGUCAUUGGUCCUCUUCUCGGUGGUGUCUUUACCGACCACGCCUCGUGGCGCUGGGCUUUCUUCAUCAACUUGCCCAUUGGAGCCGUGACCAUUAUCGCCAUCGUUAAGUUGCUCCACCUCCCCCAUGCCACCGGCUCCUUCAAGGAGAAGGUCAAGCGCAUCGACAUCUUGGGCUCCAUCACCUUGGUCGCUGGAUUGGUUCUUGUUCUCUUGCCCCUCAACUGGGGUGGAUCGACCUACGCGUGGAACUCACCCAUCGUCAUUGGACUCUUCUGCGCUGGAUUUGCCGUUCUCAUCAUCUUCUGCUUGAUCGAGUGGAAGCAAGCUGCCGAGCCUAUCAUCCCCUUCCGUCUCUUCAAGAGCCGCACCAACGUCGCCGUCUUUGCCUCGUCCUUCUUCCUCGGUAUGGGCUUCUUUGGUGUCAUGUUCUUCAUGCCCCUCUACUUCCAGAUCGUUCGCCAGGAGACUGCUACCUCUGCCGGUCUUGAGAUGCUCCCCUUGGUCGGUGGUCUUCUUAUCACCUCCAUCUCGUCUGGCGUCAUGGUCUCCAAGUGGGGUCAGUACCGCCCCUUUAUCUGGGUCGGAUUCAUCCUCGCCACUACCGGUAUUGGUCUCCUCACCCUCCUCAAGGUCGACUCUGGCCGUGGCGCCCCCAUUGGCUUCAUGUUGAUCAUCGGUCUCGGUCUCGGUCUCUGCAUGCAGACCUUGAUGCUCGCCAUCCAGUCCUCGGUCGUGACCAAGGAUAUCGCCGUCGCUACCGCCAACGCCACCUUCUUCCGUACCGUAGGAUCGGUUAUGGGUGUUGCCAUUGCCGGAACUGUCUUCAACAACGGUGUGAAGACCCACCUCGCCCCCAUCAUUGCCAUCUAUCCCGAUGUCGUCAACGUCAUUGCUGACUCAUACUUGGCCCCAUCCUUUGGCGCUGUCCUCGAGCAGCAGAUCUUGGAUGCUUACAUGCAGGCCAUCCGCUCUGCCUUCAUUGUCUGUGUCCCUUUCAUGGGUCUUGGCUUCUUGAGCAGUUUGUUCAUCCAGCACAACAAGCUCCGCCGUGCUAUGGGCCCUACUCCCAUGGAGUAA